CGCUGCUGUCUGGAUUGCUCGCCCUUCAUCUGAGCUGGGCGCUCACCAGGAGGAACUCCUCCACAGCCUGCCAUACCCUCAGGGAGAAGAUCGUGAAUCGGUGGAACCCUGGGCCCACGAUCCUGUUGAUGGGAUCAAUGACCAACAGGCCGAAGACAAGUGGUCUCUAGAAGCAACAACACCACGAAUCAGCCAACCUCAUAGCCGGAGAAGGCAUCUCAGCAGACCAGAGAAGGUCUCCAACCCAGCAGAGAAUCAAACGACUUCCCUCCCGAG